CAGGUAAAAGAACCCGCGGGGUGGGAGCCUAGGAAGGAGGAAGAAAGGAGGCGGAGGAGGAAGUAGCCGGAGGCUCCGGAGCUGGGGGAGUUGAGGCCUUGGGAAUUCUUCAAAUGCUUGAGAUUGCCUGAUGCUGUUCCUGUUCAUACCAAAAUGGCUUUAAAUACAGGGCCACCAGUAUUUGGACCAUAUUAUGAAAACCAUGGUUACCAAGUGGAACAUUAUCCUCCAGAGCACCUUGUGAAUGCUUAUGUACCUUACCCAGCUUCAUAUUGUCCUCCAGCAGUGCCUCAGUACAUCCCAAGAGUUCUCACUCAUACUUCAGCACCAGCAGCAGCCCAUUUACAACCUAAAUCUUCAUCUGGGAUAGUGUGUACUUCAAGAGCUAAGAGAGCAGUGUGUGUUGCCGUUAGCGUUGGAGUAAUAGUAGUUGGUGCUGUGAUUGCAACCGUUUUUCUUUGGAAGUUUGUGAAAAAUAGCUGCCCAAAUUCUGGAAUAGAAUGUGGAACCUCAGGAACUUGUAUUAGUCCAGCUAACUGGUGUGAUGGAAUAUCACAUUGUCCCAGUGGUGAAGAUGAGAACCACUGUGUUCGCCUCUAUGGACCAAAAUUUAUCCUUCAGAUUUACUCAUCUCAUAACAAAUCCUGGUAUCCUGUAUGCCAAGACGGCUGGAAUGAUAACUAUGGGAAGAUAGCAUGCAAAGACAUGGGAUAUAACGUGAAUAGUUUCUACUCCAGUCGAGGAAUAAUAGAUGAUAGUGGCACCACAAGCUAUAUGAAGUUGAACCUGAGUGCUGGAAAUGUAGAUUUAUAUGAAAAACUCUACAACAGCAAUGUCUGUUUCUCAAGAACAGUGGUUUCUCUCCGAUGCAUAGAAUGUGGGACAGUGAUGAAGGUGAAUCAGUUGAACCGGAUUGUAGGUGGGACCAAUGCUGCUCCAGGAGAAUGGCCGUGGCAAGUCAGCCUUCACGUUCAAGGCGUCCAUGUCUGUGGUGGCUCUAUUAUCACUCCGGAAUGGAUUGUAACAGCAGCUCAUUGUGUUGAAGAACCUCUUUCUAAUCCCCGGUACUGGACAGCAUUUGCAGGAAUUUUGAGGCAGUCUGUGAUGUUCUAUGGAAGUGGAUAUAAAGUGCAAAAAAUAAUUUCUCAUCCAAGUUAUGAUUCGAAUACCAAGAACAAUGAUGUUGCCCUCAUAAAGUUGCAAACACCACUCACAUUUAAUGAAAAAAUAAGACCAGUAUGUUUGCCUAAUCCAGGAAUGAUGUUUGAACCCACUCAGUCAUGCUGGAUAUCAGGAUGGGGUGCAACCCAUGAAAAAGGCAGGACUUCAGACAUCUUGAAUGCAGUUAUGGUGCCCAUAAUAGAACCUUGGAAAUGUAAUAGCCGGUAUGUCUACAAUAACAUGAUUACUCCUGCCAUGAUUUGUGCUGGUUACCUCAGAGGGAAAAUCGACUCCUGCCAGGGUGACAGUGGGGGUCCGUUAGUCACUGAGAAAAAUUCAGUAUGGUGGUUAGUUGGUGAUACAAGCUGGGGAUCUGGAUGUGCCAAGGCAAACAGACCUGGAGUUUAUGGAAACCUGACAGUAUUUACAGACUGGAUUUACCAACAAAUGCAGGCAAACAGGUGAGCUGUCCAUCUUCCAUCUUUGAAAGUGACCAGCAAGUUGUGGAUUCUCUGUACAUUUUAUAUUGCUAGGGUGAUUCCUGGGUUCUUUAGUGUUUGGUGAAUGGUAAAUCCAACCAUCUUUUUGUACUUUCCAUAGUUCUGUGCAGGUUGCAGUAACUUCUUUGAUUUCUCGCUGUAAACACACUGUACCUGAACUCUAAGUGUUACUGAUUUGUCUGAAAGAAAUGCCUGAUGUUUCUGAGAGAACACAGACUUGUGCAUUAAACCAGAGUGGUUUGGGUCUGAAAUUGAGACACUCACUUGAGUCUUGCACACUAGUGCAAUCCUUUUUCUGAGAAUUCCGGUUCUAUAAAGCACUCGUGAUUUAGCUUAAAAUACUGAUCAGCACCACUCAGCUACUGCCUGGAGCGAGAUGGAAAAUGGCCUUCCCGGGAGAGAAUGAUUUGAGAGAACCCCAGCAGUGCGCUUCCAUGAAGCCAAGACGUGCUUUCUGAGUAGCAUUGUGCAGUGAAUGAUUAACCUGACUUCCUUCAUGGAGUGCCCAGUGGUCAUUUGAAUCGGAAUUGUUUUCCUUACUCUCCUCAACUUGUUUGCAUCAUCUCUCUGCUCUGCCCAUUUUGGGGUAAAUUUCCUAGACUUCCCUCUAAAGGUUUGCUGUUGGUUCUCUUUGUGCACAUUGAUCAUGUAGAAUCUGAAGGCAUCUGGGGGAAAUCGGGGAUGUCUGAUUGGAGUUACCGUGUUUUCGUGCAGUUUUCUAUGUAUUACUACCUCUGCGUUAAUUUGAUUUGACUUUUGAAGCCUUAAACGAUCGUAUUAAUAGUUGACUAUUUGGAGAUGUUAUAUUGAUGGAAUCGGAGAAGUAAAUAUCUGAAAUAUUCUGCAGAAA